AUGUUCCAUAGCUGGGUCAAUGUCCUGCUAAUCUUCGUCCCCGUCGGUAUUGCCGUGGAGUACGUGCCGGGGAUACACGGCGGGGUGGUCUUCGCCAUCAAUUGUAUCGCCAUUGUACCGCUGGCGGGUUUGCUGAGCCACGCGACCGAAUCCGUGGCCGUGAAGUUGGGCGAUACCGUCGGCGCACUGCUAAAUGUUACUUUUGGUAACGCGAAUCAAAUACGCAUCGUUCAAGCGUCGCUCCUGGGCUCGAUAUUGGCGAACUUGCUGCUGAUUCUUGGCAUGUGCUUCUUCCUUGGCGGUCUCCGGUUCCGCGAACAGAUCUAUAAUUCUACCGUAACGCAGAUGAGCGCGUGUCUGCUCAGUUUGAGCGUUAUCAGCCUCGUGCUUCCGACUGCCUUCCAUGCCUCAUUCAGCGAUAUGGCACUGGCUGAUGAUGAAUCCUUAAAGAUCAGCCGCAUCUGCAGUAUUAUUUUGCUCCUCGUGUACCUCGUGUACCUGCUUUUCCAGCUGAAGUCGCAUUCGUACAUGUACGAAUCUACGCCCCAGCACAUCGUUGAUGCUGAAUCUACUCCCGGUCCCGCCGCCGCCUGGCUUGACACGUCAAGCUCGGACUCGAGCUCGUCAUCGUCAUCUUCUUCCUCGGACGAUUCCAGUGACUCAAACCCCACAGUGCGCAAGAAGAUGAAGAAGGCCAUUCGACGCGCGCGAAGGUCCAGCUCCAGCUCGAGCUCGUCCGAUUCGGAGGGCACCGCCAACAGCAAGAGGACCGCCAAGAGCAGGAAGCUUGCCGCUGCUGCCGCGGUCGGAGAGGCGAGCCAAUCCGGCGGCAAACUGGCCAUAGUGGAUGAUAGCAGCGAAGACGAAGCCCCGACGAAGCGCCGGCGUCGCCAUAUCCGACGGAAGCGAAGCCACAAGCACAAGAGCAAACGCAAGCAGGCGGAGAAGGAGGCCCGAGAUGCGGAAGCUGCCGCGGCUGCGGCUGCUGGUGGCGCCGUCCCGACGGCCGCCGCGGAUGAGGCGAUCGCUGGAGAAAACGACACGCGGCGCGUGGAUUUCGCUGUUCCCGACGACGAUGGACUGCGCCGUGCGAGCGAGGGCGGCCACCUCACCCCAGUGCUAGCCGUCGGCCGUUUGCCCUCCGGCACGUAUCGCCAUGCCUCCCGCGCACGUGCCCCUGAUGGCGCUGACCGGCGGCAACGGGGCGGAGGGGGCGCAGGACGGAUUCCCGAGGACCGACUGUCGACGGUGGCGUCGGUCGUGCUGCUCCUUGUGUCGACGGCCCUGGUGGCGCUGUGCGCCGAGUUUGUGGUGGGCUCGAUCGAGGAGGUGGUGGAGGGCGGCGCCAUCCGCGAAGCCUUCAUCGGCCUCAUCAUCCUGCCGGUGGUGGGCAACGCGGCGGAACAUGUGACGGCCAUUACGGUGGCGAUGAAGAACAAGAUGGACUUGGCUAUCGGCGUGGCCGUGGGCAGCUCGAUUCAGAUUGCGCUCUUUGUCACGCCGCUGGUGGUGAUUCUGGGCUGGUGCAUGCAAAAGGAGAUGACGCUUUACUUUACGCUCUUCGAGACGGUUUGUCUCUUUGUCUCGGCCUUUAUCGUCAACUUCCUCGUGCUGGAUGGUAGGAGUAACUACCUCGAGGGUGCGCUGCUCAUGUGCACGUACGCCAUCAUUAGCGUGGUGGCCUUUUACUAUCCUAAUGUUAAGGACGCGAGCGAGCUUGGGGGUAACAGUGAGUUGGCCACCAUGCUGUUAUAA